GUGCCGGAGCAUGGCCUGGAGGCUAUGACUGAACUCAAUCUCACCCUGUCCACAGACGCGCGCUUCGUUGACGAAGCCAUGGCGUCCCAGUUUCUCCGACAUGUUAAACGCUACCUAGAGGUCGAUCCGGAGGCGCUUUUUGCCGAUGAUCCAGAACUCGCCAUGACUGUAGACUCCUCCGCUGAAGAACUCGCCGUGAUGGAGCUGUGA